UGCCUCAGCGCGGCCACACUGAAGGUGGAGUGAAACGGCAACAAAAACAACAACUGCGGAUUUGUGGAAAUUUCCGCAAAACCAAAAUACAAAUAGACAUUGCCAACCUGCAGAGCGAUGCACAAAGGGGCGCCACCUUGGCAAGUGGGCGGUGCCAACGAGGCAUCCGAAGUGGAUGAGCAGGUGACCAGGGGGCGGAGAAUUUCCGACGAAGAAGUGGUGGAGGCUGCCCCCAAACAACAACUGAUAAGGAGCAAGUGGUCCACCAGUCGCAGGAUGCUCUUCCUAGGACUCAUUCUGGCCCUAAUCCCGACUCUCCUGCCCCCCGUCAACGCAACCCACAUCCGUGGCCAAUUCCAGACGGAGGACUUCUUCCAGUUCCUGGCCAAGUUCGGCUUCAACAAGGCGGAUCCCACACGACGGAAUGCCUUCGGGUAUAUUUACGGCAAUGUCACGUCGCCGGACAAGUACGCGGUCCCAUUGACCCUCGUCGUCCUGGACAGGAGCACCUUCCUCGAGUUCUACGGCAAUCGCAGCCAGAGGAGCCGGGAAGCCGCCUGCACGGGGAUGUUCUCCCGUCUGAAAAGGAUCGCCUACGAAUCCACAUGCAAUCCCCGAGCCAAGCGGGAUUUCCUGCGACACGUUCCGUGUCCGGCUAACCAGCUAUGCAGCGAUGAGGAUGCACCAGGAAACGUCGUCCCGGGAUCACAGUUCACCUAUGUAAUCAACCUGGAAGCGGAACCAAGAUUCUGGUACCUUUCCCUGGUGGCCUGCUAUCAAAACCAGAGCACCUGCCAGUGGCACGCCCACGAGAGCUUGCCCAGGUUGUCUAAACUGAGCAGCAACCUGCUCAACACCCUGCACUACGACAUCCACCUGGUUAACUUGCACCCAAACAACUCGGCCGCCCAUCCACUGACCUACGAGUACUCGUACGAUCAGCAGAAUCUGCUGGAGAUGUAUCUGGUAUUCCUGCUCGUCUACGUUGUGCUGCUGCCCAUGCAGAUUUACGCGGUGCGCAGGCAGAAGCAUCCAGUGACCAAGCUGUUCACCCUGAGCUUGCUCAGCGAGUUCGUUAGCUUGGCUCUGAUCACCGCCCACCUGAUUCGCUAUGCGGCCAAUGGAGUGGGCGAGCCGAGGUUGCAGGCGGCGGGCGAUGUGCUGGACAUCUUGAGCCGCACGACCUUCAUGCUCAUCCUGCUGCUGCUGGCCAAGGGCUGGGCUGUUACCAGGCAACAAAUAAGCAGGACGGGGUGGAUCAUCCUCAUGUCCAUCUGGGUGCCAUACUGCGCGUUUCACGUGUUCCUCUAUAUCUGGGAUAGGACGGAAGUCGAUGUGGUAUCCGACAUCGACGAAUAUCAGACCUGGCCCGGCUGGAUCGUUUUGAUACUACGCACCUCCUUUAUGAUGUGGUUCCUGUACGAGCUGCGCAACACAAUGAAGUACGAGCACUCCACUAAGAAACUAGACUUCCUGCUUCACCUGGGCGCCUCCAGUUUGGUGUGGUUCAUCUACCUGCCCAUCGUGGCCAUUGUGGCGCUGCAGGUCAGCCCCAUGUGGCGCUACAAGUUGCUGCAGGGCAUCACCAACUCGGCGGACUGCAUGGCCUAUUGUGUGAUGACGGGUCUUUUGUGGCCGCAUCGAGCGGGUCAAUAUCUGCUCUUAGCGGGUACCAAAUAUGCGGGCAUGGAUGAGUUGGACGAGUUCAACGAAGCGCCGCACAUCGUCAGAGAGCGUGAGAGGCGUCGCAAUUCCCCGCCCGAUGACAUUUCUAUCGGCACGGGGAGCGGUGGUGGUCGGGGGAUGGUGCUAUCUACUAGCAUUCCGCACUCGCUGAACGGUGAUGCCUGCAACGAUCUUCUGGAGGCGGAAGAUCUCGACGCCGAGCUGCUCACCGAUCUUAACAAAAACAGCCAUAUUGUGGCGUAGAUGCAACGGGUUAAUUAGUAGCUGUAGAAGUCAAUUGUGCUAAAUGAAACGCGGAAUGUUAAUCAUCCUAGCAAUUAUCCAUAGAUAUAGCUAGAUUAAAGUGGGUUGAUUUUUUUUUUUUUUUUUGACAAAUGAAAAAAAAUUAAUUUUUGUCAGGUUAAAGAAAAAGUGGUUUUAUUAUAAUAAACAAUUUCCUUUUCAAUUAUUAAAUACCAUGUUAAUACAAUCUUAAGCAUGUUUUCAAGAUUCAAAUCUAAAAUCAGUAAGGACAAAUAUAUUUAUUUUUCAAAAUUAUUUGUCUUAAACAGUUAGGAACAUUUAAAUCAACUAAAAUAAAAGUCAACCCACCAUAACCUAGAUAUAAACUUAUCUGCGUGUAUAUUCCAUAUAGUGUGUACCCAUUUACAACGAAGUCAGAGCGAGUGCAAAAAAUGCAUCAGAGAUUGUUGUGUGAUUUUAUGUAAUAUGCUUGAAUUUAUAAUUAGUUUCUAGUUUACGCAUAGGAGAACGAUUGGAUUCAAUACGAUACGCUUCAGCAUCAUCAUUUCGUUGCGGUAGUUAUUGCAUAAGCUUACAUUUUAACGAACUACCGAUUACCUAUAAAGAUAAGCAUAGACUCCCAUACAACCAAGCGGUAUUUUGAUAAGAACAAACCAAACACACGAGCCAACGUCUAGAGAAAACUUGAAAAUGAAAAACGAAAGAUAGUAAAAUAAAUGAAUAAUUUUUAGAUAAGUACUAAA